AUGCCCUGCAGCUGUACCAGUCUCUGCACGGCUGUGAUACCCUCCUCACGCCUCCUGCCCUGGGUCCCACUUGGACAGCACAUUCUUGGGCGUUAUGCCAUAAAAGUGACCAAUCAGAAUGCGUCACUGUUGCCUACAGAAUGUGACGACGCCACAGACUGUGUGAUGAUAUCGUGUUGGUGUGGCGUCCAGGGCCGCGCUUGUCUUUCCGCCACUCAACUCAGGCCCACUGAAGGCGGUCUUGUUGCCAGUUGGGGCCUCACUUCAAAAGAGCGUGAGGCAGCCUCUUCACUUGCCUUUGCCGAUAUGAUAGACACGUGGCCCAUGCGUUUGUACCGGCAUAACUCCCGCCCACCAGGCAGCGGGUGUCAGGCAGAAACAUCAAGUGCUCAACUGAGCACAACUUCUGCAAUUGGAGACCGUCUUGACCAGUGUCUGGGAAAAGGUCGAGAUCAGUCUUUGGCCCUGCCGGACUGGUCGUCAUGA